AUGGAGCAUAAAAGGAAUGUGACUGAAUUCAUUUUAAUAGGUCUUACACAGAACCCCCAAAUGCAGAAACUAGUGUUUGCAAUAUUUUUAAUUCUAUACAUAUUAACGCUCUCGGGCAACCUGCUCAUUGCAGUUACCUUUACCACCAGUCACGCUCUGAACUCCCCCAUAUACUUCUUCCUGACCCACCUUUCCUUGAUAGAUGCAAUUUCUUCUUCUUCUUUAGCUCCUAAGCUGAUUGUGCACUCCUUUCAUGAGAAGAAAACUAUCUCCUUUAAUGGGUGCGUGGCUCAAGUCUAUGCAGAACACAUUUUUGGUGCUACUGAAAUCAUCCUGCUGAUGGUGAUGGCUGGCUAUGACUGCUAUGUGGCCAUCUACAAACCUCUGCACUAUACAACCGUCAUGAGCCACAGGCUGUGCAUUCUCAUGCUGGGAGUGGCCUGGGCUGGAGGAUUUCUCCAUGCAGCCAUUCAGAUCCUCUUUAUAUUCUGGCUGCCUUUCUGCGGCUCCAAUAUCUUCGAUCAUUUCAUGUGUAACUUGUACCCUGUGUUGAAGUUGAAGCAUGGACACUCAUACCCUUGGUCUCUUUGCUGCUGCCAACAGUAG